UUUUGUGGCCAAUAAUAAAUAUUUAUCGAUUAUGGUGAUCAUUAUCAUUAUGAUGAUACCAUCGAUUACAAAACAAGCAUCGAUUAACAGUGAUAAACAUGUAAAUAAGAUUUAUCAUCAUCAAGAUGCGCAGAAACAUGUGCCUAAACAUCCAUCAUUGAAAUCUCCAAAAUCAAAACCACCAUUACUAUCAUUUGAUCAUAAUUUUUCAAUCAAUAUUCGUAAUGAUGGUGGUGAAAUUUUCCGGGAAUUAAUUACAUCCAAUAUAAUUAAUGAUUAUAUUCAGAUAAAAUUUGAAGAAACUGAUGGCUCAUUGAUUCAACAGAUUUUAGAUUUUAAAAAUUUGUUGUUGUUUUUUUGGAGAAAAAACCGAAAAGGAAAUAUCCAUUGUCGAUAGGAAAUAAAGAUUGGGAAAGAAAAACGAUCAGAAAUUUCCCAGAAAGAAGGAAAAAAG